CUACGCAACGAUUCGAACGCACGUGGUUCAACGUAUCUGUCGUAUCUGUUUUCAGUCUCAUCAGGAAGAGGAUCUGUCGGAUCCGGAUCUUCAGGAUGAAGAGAGCGGCGAGGAGUUACCUCAGCAACCACUUCAAGGUAACACGCACUCCUCGACGGAUAGUGCAUCCGCACAGGCUGGUACACCUACUCCAUUAACACACUUGAACAGUCUGAUGGGUGCACAUCAUCCGCACUUUCUGGCAAAAUUGAAGAUGGAGCCCACCGAUAUGGACGCUUUGAACAACAAGAGUGGUUUAGAAGCGUUGCAAGCGGCAAUGGGCGGAAGUGGUUUCAAUCUACCAUUCUCGUUUCCACCGCCCGCGUUUCUGACGCCCCAACAUCACUCGCAAAACAGUCACGCGCAAUCUGGUGGUGGUAGUAUCGGGAGCGGGGUUGGAAAUCAAGUGACGUCGUCGGCUAGCUCACAUUCUAGCGAGUCUUCACAGGGGAGCGCUAGGAAUGGUGGCGAGCCUCGCGAGACGAACAGUCAAUCGCAGAGUAAUACGACGGGAGCGAAUCAUCAGCAACAGACCAGUUGGAGCUUCGAAGAGCAGUUCAAACAGGUGCGUCAGCUUUACGAGAUCAACGACGAUCCGAAGAGGAAGGAAUUCCUGGACGAUCUCUUCAGUUACAUGCAAAAACGAGGAACUCCGAUCAAUCGGCUGCCGAUCAUGGCGAAAUCGGUGCUGGAUCUGUACGAAUUGUAUAAUUUGGUGAUAGCGAGGGGUGGCCUCGUUGACGUGAUCAACAAGAAGCUUUGGCAGGAAAUCAUCAAAGGCCUACACUUACCAUCGAGUAUCACUUCCGCCGCGUUUACUCUGCGUACUCAGGAGACAUCAAAGGGCGAUACGUACGCCUUCCGUUGUUUGUGGGGAAUGGUACUAUCAUCAUUACCGCUGGCAAACAGCGGCGAGGAGGCACACUGCCCCAUACCCGGAAUGGCGCCGUCCGAAUUCGAAGCACGCAUGGUGGAGUACGUAAAAUUGUUGAAUAAGGAGUUGAGAAGCGGUACACCGCCACCGAUGGGGCACCGGCCGGGAAGCGCCUCUCCCCCGUCCUCGACGCCCUCGAGAGACGGGGCGUUCAGCGCCCUCGAAAUGUCUCGAUUGACCUUGUGGAACAUGUACAACAACAACACCUUGUAUCCAGGAGUGGGACACCAACCACCUAUAUCGCCUCAAACGUCUCAUUCCCCGCUACCUCCGGCCUCCAGCCCUGAACCUCAGAGAGAAGCUCUUGAUCUUGGGCUCAGUCGCGAGUUCUUUUUUCACAGGUCAUCGCCUGUAUCCUCACCGGCGAGGCAAAGUUCACCAUCUUCGGGUGGUAGUAUGCAAGUCAAGAGGGAUACGGAACUGACUGUCGCACCUGGACCUCCUCCCGCUAAAAGGUUACUCUCGGAUGAGGACAGUCCGCCCGAGAAGAACGCCCCACCCACUCUGGGCACGCACAUUAAAAUUUCAAAUAGAGGUGAUGGGAGGAACGGUGACAAUUCCUUAGUAGUCAGUAUGGAGUUGAACGGAGUGAUGUAUCAAGGUGUUCUGUUCGCUCAAAGUGACAGUAGGUCCACGAGCAGUACAGCGUCCACCAACAACAAUAACGCGAAACCGUCGCGGAGUGUGGUCUCGUGAACGCUCAACGAAUCGUCAACCCACCCGCGAAUAUAGCUCUAUAGGACACACACACAUAUACACACAUUCAUACACAUACGUAUAUGCACACAUCUUCUUAUAUACAUAGACAAAUGUCCAUCUUGUUGCUCGUUCGUUAAGUAUAUGUACAUAGUCAUUCGAAUACAUUUUUCUUUCGCAAAAGGGACAGAGCUCAGUGCGACAGUUUACAAGAAGAUACGCCAUUAUUAUAAUUAUAAUUAUUAUUAAUUAUUGAUUAUUACUGUUAGACAUUAGAGAGAAAAAGAUAUUAUGUAUCGUGAUUUUUAUAUUAUACGCACGAGUAAUUUUUAUUUUCUUUUACUUUCUUUUCGUUGUAGGCAGAUUUGUAAAAAAAAAAAGAAAAAAAAAUCAGGCGGUAUCGAUACGUGAUGGUUUGCUUCCUCUUUUUACGAGACAUACGUGUGGAUCAACUCCACGAAAUCAAACGAAAAUUGCGAAACGAACGCAAAAGACGGAUCGUUACAACUUGUUUCUUCCUUUUUUACUUUUUAUUUACGUUUUCGCGUUGUUUUCUUUCUUUUUAUAUUAAAUGCGCGAGAGAUGUACGAGCGAUUAUCAUAAAAAGCAUUUAACCGAGUAGCAUUCAAAUGUUUCGCUCGCACUACGUAUUUCGCAUUUUUAUUAUUAUCGUACGCAUCGUCGAUCUUUAAGUUUCUUCUUUUUCUUUUUUUUUUCUAACGAUAGAUAAUCAUGUUGUUUCGAUGACUUUCGAGGGCCAGUUCAAUAACGAUACCGCAGCCAACAGGGACUGUGAAAACGCUGAACACACCCACGUAUUAUAAAUGUAUAAUAUAGCAACGUUUACUUUAUAUUAAUGCUUAGUAUGUAACGCGCAGAAGAAUCAUACAGAAUUAAAAAAAAAAAAAACUUAUCCCCUUAGAAGAUAAGCGCAUUCACAAAGCGUUCAGAAUGAGAA